UCCAAUUGAAAAUCCGUAUUAUUCAUUUUGUUGUCUGAUGUCGAACACAAAUUAUUAAAGUAUCUGUAAAUAUAUAUCAUCGAGCGAAUAUUUAAUUAAUUGUGGUUCAUUAGGUCUGCACAUACGUUACAGUUCACGAAGCAUAACCGUUGAAUCAAGUUUGAUUACUCCUAGCUUAACUUACUAUUGUACAUAAAACUUAUCUCGAAGAAAUCGAAUGUUCGAGAAAUACAUUUCCAAGAUGAAUGUUAUGGACGAAGAUAGUAUGGAUAGCAUCAGCUACAUUUUUCCUGAUAACGUAACGCCUUUUGUCAAUCAAGUAGCUGGACACGAAUUCACCAAAGCGAAACCAACUAUUGGUAUGAUGAAGCAUUCGGACGGAUAUGUUUUAAAACCAGUUCCUCAUCCUGUGUACGGUCCUCGUGAAAUAAAUUUCUAUAAAACUCUAGAAACUACAUGUGAUCCACUGCUGAAAGAUCUGAAACAAUAUAUUCCUCAGUAUUUAGGCACGACUACUAUCGAAUUAGAUAACAAAGAUGUCAGAUGUAUAUGCAUGGAAGAUAUUACUAAAGACUUCAAAUUACCAUGUGUGAUGGAUGUGAAAAUAGGUGUUCAAACAUGGGAGCCAGACGCAUCUCUAGAAAAAAUUAAAGUCGAAAGAGUGAAAUAUGCGGCGUGUAAAAAACGCUGGGGAUUUAGUAUUCCUGGCUUUCAAUAUUAUAACGUCAGCGAUGGCAGUUUCGUCAGACGUGGAAAAGAUUUCGGUAAACGAAUGAGUGCGCAAGAAGCCAUUCAAGCUUUGUAUUCGUAUAUAAAUGCCGAAGUAGGCAUCAAGUACGGACUGGUGGCCAGUAUAUUGGAUCAAUUAAAGAAGAUACAUUCGUGGUUCCGUCGUCAAAGGCAUUUCUUAUUCUUUUCGAGUUCGAUAUUGUUGGCCUACGAUGCGGAAAACUUGAAAAUCUUCCUCGACGAAGGUGUUACGUGGGGCGACGGCGAAUCUGUCGUGAAUACCGAACACGAUCCCAAAAUAUCCGUUUGUAUGAUCGAUUUCGCGCACGUUUUACCAAAUCUGCAACACGAGGCGGAUGUUAAUUAUUUAACCAGUUUAGAAAAUUUGAUACACGUUUUCGAAGAUCUUUCUAGCUUAUACGCGUUGCACAGCUAAAGCGUCGAUCGAGCGAAAUUUUCAUCGAAUUUUGAAAAAUUCAUAGUUUUAUUAUCGAUAUAUCGUAUAUAAAAUGAUACAAUAUAGAGUAAACAACUGCAAUGUGAGGUUUAGACGAGCUUUUAUACUAUAUACAUAUAUCGAGUUUCGAGAAAAAAUUUAUUCAAUUGUAAAUUGUUAGUUGAACUCAGGUUUGCCAGUUACUAUACGUUUUCAUUAUUUUUUUUGUCCUCUUUUUUUGCCCUUAUCCUCUCCCCCUAUUUCUCUCUUUUCGUUAUUUAUUUUAGAGUUUUUUUUCUUUUUGUUGGCGUAUGAGUGAAUUAUACGUGGUAUGUAAUGUACAGAACUAUACAGAGAUGCACCAGCAUUUUAUAUAAGGAUACUAAAUAAAAAAAGUACUGAUUUUUCAUCACACGAGAAUUACGUUUUAGUCGUGUCUUUCUUUUGUCUUUUCUUCUUUUUUUUUUUCGUAUAAUUUUCAGCAGUAUUUGGUUUUACGUGUAUUUUUAAUUUUUAAUUUUUAGUUAUUGACGCACCUUUCCUGUUCUCUUUAUUUUUGUCUUGAUUUAAGAUUCGCUAUUAACUUUUUUGUUUACUCAAUUUUUUAACGUGCAAAUUUACCGACGAAUCGAGUAAAGUAAACGAUUCGAAUGAACUGUUCACGUGAUUUUUUUCAUUAGCACGGUUUGAAUUUUGUUCAUUUUUGAUUUCUUUUCCUUUGCUCGAAAGAAAGGUUAAGCGUUUCUUUCAGUUUUUCCUUCAUUUUGUUUCAUUUUGAUUUUUGAGAAAAUAUAUCGGUUUUUGUUUUAUUUUGAUAUACGUAGAAGGGUAUUUUUUUUCUUACAUGACAAGAAGUUGUGCAUUGUGCAAUAUAUAGAAUAUAAUUUUGAACUUGAUUUUCUAAUGUGGUAAUCUAGUACUGUAAUUUCUAGAUGAAAACAAAUGAAUGUUUUCUUUUCGAAUCGCAAGUAUUAUGAUUUCUUCUUACGUAGGACCAUCUCUAUAAUAUGUAUUAGGAUAUUAUUUCUCUCUAUCGAGGCAUUUGUCGAUUUUUCUUCUAUUUUAAAUCCAAAGCCGGUAUUUUUUUGCUCAUUUUGUAAUGAUUACCGUAAUAUACCUGCGUAAAAAUUGUGUAAAAAAUUUGAGUGAAUGAUGAUUUUUGUUAUUCUAACUCAUUUAAAUAAAAUGUAAUUUUGAUAUUAUGAAAUAUGUAAAUUCUUUAAUUCAAUGUGUUAUUUUUGUUGUUCGCUUUGAGUAAUACGAAAAAGUUACUUAUUAAUUUAUUUGCAUUCCUUUAUGAUUAUGAUUUUUUUUCUUGUGUAAAUUAUAUUCGUUUGUAAUUUGUUAAUAUUCA